AUGACCAAAGCCUCUGCCCUUGCGACGGCCCUCUGGCUUGCAUUCGCCAGCAGCCCCAGUCAUGCUGCUCCUUCAAACUCAACCAUCCGAUUUCAACAUUGGCCCGCCAACGCGUCGGUGGCGCUCAGCACCAUGAUCUCGAAAAAUGCCAAUCAGAGCAACUAUGCCGUCUUCGACAUGGACAACACGAGCUACCGUUACGAUAUCGAGGAAUCGCUCCUCCCUUUCUUAGAGAACCGGGGCAUUCUGACGCGCGACAACCUGGAUCCGACUCUCCAGUUGAUUGAAUUCAAGGACACCGCAAACUACACCGAGUCUCUCUACAGCUACUACGUCCGCCUAUGCGAGGUUGACGACUUCAUCUGCUACCCGUGGAUCGCGCAGGUCUGGUCUGGCUUCACAUUGCGGGAGCUGAAGGUCUACGUCGACGAGCUCAUGGCAUACAACACCACAAUCCCUACCAAAUACUGGGAUGGUGAUGAGGUGGUGACAGCCAGCGUCAACACGCCAAAGAUCUUCCGCGGUCAAGUCGAGUUGUACAAUGCGUUGAUGGACAAUGGCAUCGAUGUCUACGUUAUAAGCGCAUCAUCGGAAGAACUCGUUAGAAUGGUCGCAUCGGACCCCAAAUAUGGAUAUAACGUCAAGCCAGAAAAUGUCAUUGGCGUGACGACGAUGUUGAAGAACGCAUCUUCGGGUGCACUUACAAAUUCGCGGAUGCAAAUCGUCGCUGGCGACUACGACCAGGAAGCGAACCUUGAUCUGGUUAUGGGAACAUAUCUCUGGACGCCUGCGACAUGGUAUGCCGGAAAGUGGGCCGCGAUUUUGACAUACAUUGAUCAGUGGAAAAGGCCAGUCUUGGCUGCUGGCGAUACUCCCGGAAGUGAUUCGUACAUGCUCUUCCAUGGUGUGGACACUGCGAAGGGUGGUAUUCACUUGUGGAUCAACCGGAGGGAUGCGUAUUAUGAGAGACUUCAAAAGGAAAUGACUGAUAACGCGGCGGCUCAGAGGGCAAAUGGUAGGGAGGUCACUGCAGACAAGAACUGGGUCGUCGUCAAGCCAACGGAUAUCUUGUAG